AUAGGUUAUGUUAGCGUCAAUUUAAAUUCAUGUAAUGUGAUUUUGCUGUUGUACCUGUAUGUCCAUGUUUUAGCAGGUUUCUAUAAUGUAAGGCUAUGGCCAUUUGUAUACUUAAUUAUUGAAGUAGUGGUAAAAAUCUGUGUAUAAAAGACAGAGGGAAUUCUCUAAUAUUCACCAGUCUUCAAGAUUUCAUCCCAGGACAAGAAGCUCAGUUCAACAGAAAUACUACCAAAAUAAAAUGUCGUACCGUACAAUUGCUUCAACUGAUUCAGAGAAUGAACAUUUUAGCGAAUCAAUUGAUAUAAGACCAUCUUUUUCAAAAACAAAACCUGGAUCAAAACGUUCUGCAGAAAAAACAAGUGUUAAAAAACCUAUGAAAAAGAAGCAGAAUAAAAUGAAUGCAUCAUACAGAGAUAAUAUCAGCGAACGCUUGAGAUCAGAAGAUUUUGAUGUUGAAGUAUUUAAUUCGCUAACAUUCAGACAAGGAGAUGGCGUUGUGACAAUAAAGACGCCUUUUGAAGAAAAAGGAAAGGAUCUUUGGGUGCUAAGUCAUUAUAAGGUUACUAACAUCGAGAAUGUACCAGUAAAGGACAGAUGGAAGUUCAGUGAAGCUACUGUUAGAUUGUACACGACCGACGAAUCAAAAGAUCAAACACUUCAUACUGGUCUUAAUGAGACAAUGCAAAUUAUAUUUGAUAAAUUACUAACCGAUCCAAAGCGUCAAACUAUUAAAAGCAAGACGGUUGUUUGAUUAUUAUACGGAAAAAUGAGUUUCAUUUAAUAAAACAAAAUAUUAUUAUA